GAAGCGGAAAAGGAGGAGCCUUUAUAUUGCUUCUGUCAACAGGUGUCCUAUGGCGAAAUGGUCGCUUGCGAUGGAGAGAAUUGUCCUUACGAAUGGUUUCAUAUGGAAUGUGUGGGGCUGGAUGCUCCACCGAAGGGUGCUUGGUAUUGCCAAGCCUGUUCCACCGAA